AUGAAUUGGUCCUUUUGGAAUGUUAGAGGAUUGAACAAAUCCUCUAAACAGCACUUGGUAAAGCACCAUCUGAAACAAUACCAUCUGUCUUUCCUAGCUCUACUUGAAACCAAAAUCAAGGCUGAAAAUAUCUCAAUUGUUGCUAAGAGGCUUGUUGUCAACUGGAAAUGGUGUUCAAAUGCAAGCAGCACCAGUAAAGCAAGGAUAAUAUUAGUAUGGGAUCCAAAUAUUCUGGAAGUUCUUAUUGAAAGUAUAUCUGACCAGCAGAUUACUUGCAAAAUUAAAUCAUUGGAUGGGAAAAUUGACUGUGUAAUUUCCUCCGUAUAUGGUCAAAACCAAGUGGAUAAAAGAAGAGAAUUAUGGAUGAAUCUCACUCAUAUUUACCAGACAAUUGGCAACUCACCAUGGUUACUGUGUGGGGAUUUCAAUGUAAUAAUUGGUAAUGAAGAAAAAUUAGGGGGGACUAUUCUUUCUGAAGCUGAUACCAAUGAGUUCAGGGAAUUCAUUGAUUUUUGUCACCUCUCUCACCUUAAAACUGAAGGUUGUUUCUAUACAUGGAACAAUAAGCAAGAUGCUCACUCUAGAAUUUGGAGUAGACUGGAUAGAGCUCUCAUUAAUGAUGCUUGGUUACAAAAAUAUAACUCUAGUCAUGUGGAAUACCUGCUGCAAAAUUUCUCAGAUCACUCCCCUGGAUUAGUAUCAAUAUAUGAUGAUUGUGCUAAGGGAAAAAAACCUUUUAAAUUCUUUAAGAUGUGGACCAAACACAAAAGUUUUCUGCCUACUGUAUCAAGAAUAUGGCAAACAAAAAUAAAGGGAUAUGCUAUGUUCGCAGUGUAUACUAAAAUGAAGCUGCUGAAGAGUGAGCUGAAGGAUUUAAAUAAAAGGCACUUUAGUAACAUCAGUGAACAAGUUCUUAGAGCAAAAGUAGCUCUUGAUGAUGCUCAAACAAAUCUUCAUUCUGGCCCUCUAAAUCAAACUCUUAUUGAGCAGGAAAAAAACUAUAUUAUCUCAUACAACAAAUUGCUGGACUGUGUGCUAUCCUUUUAUCAACAAAAGGCUAGGAUUUUGUGGAGUGUCCAAGGUGACAGGUGCACUAGUUACUUCCAUUCUGUUAUCAAAUCAAAAAGACAUCAGAACAGGAUUCUGAUGCUAUACAACAGUGCAGGGGAAAAAUUAACUGAUGAAGAGAAGAUUACAUCUGAAUUUAUAUCUUUCUAUAAGAAUCUUAUGGGAACAAACUCUGCCACUGCAAAUAUUGACAAGAAUAUAAUUGGAAAUGGCCCCUAUUUGAGUGAAGCACAAGCUAGAACCCUGUCAAAUCCAGUAACCAGAUAG